AUGGAUUUUCCCAAAUAUAAUGGAACUUGUCAUCCUAAUAAAUAUGUCAAACACAUGCGUGCAUAUUGUAAAGUAAAUCGAAUUACAAAUGAACAAGACAUACUUGAAUUAUGUACUUUAAUGAUAGAUUCUAAUAUAACCAUCCCAGAUGAUAUUAAUAAUAUAGAUAAACUUGUCAAUACUCUCAAAUCUCACUCAACUUUUAACAUUUUUAAAGACUCCUGUAAGGGCAAAUUACAAAAAAUGAAAUAUAUUCCUGAAAAGGAGGACAACUUUACCGCUACGUUUUUUGCAAAAUUUCGCACACUUUGUAAUGAUGCCGAAAUUAAUGAUCCCGAUGAAAUAAAAAAACUCCUUAUUAAUACGUAUUCAUCAAAUAAAUUCUUUAAAGAUGAAUUUGAAAAAAUGUCAGAUAUUAUGAAUUCAAAAAAUCAAAUUGAUGAAACCUUUAAAUUAUUUCAUGAGAUUGCAUGUGAUGAGUCAAAUGUAAUUAAAUAUGGUUCUUUGAUAGCCUUAAAAAAUGUUACAACUGGUAGAUAUUUAUCGAGUUGCGAGAUAAACUAUAUGAGCACUAAAGCUCAAGUGGUAUUUGCUAAUGAUAAGCUACCAAAUAAAAACGCUUUAUGGUUUUUAAAAAAUUGUAGUGAAAAGGAAGUACCUUAUAAUGUGGAAUCCAGAUUUAAAUUAAUGCAUAAAGAAACUAAUAUGGAAUUAUAUGCAAGUAGAGAUGAUAAGUCUCCGACAACUGGACAACGUGAAGGUACGUAUCCUGUCGUAAAAGUAGUAUUGUUGAAUGUUUAUAACAUACGUUAUAAUUAUAAUAGAAUUGUACGUAAUCAUGAUUUCACUUUUACUAUUGGAGAUGAAGUUUUUUACGAAGUGAUUGGUCAUUAUGAUAAGAUUGGUGCAAAUGAUGCGUGGUGUAUAGAACUUGUUGAAAAUAUUUAG